AUGCCACCAACGAACCAAGGCGCCAUGGACAAGGCAAAGCGAGGCAUGACCACGCGAGCCGAGCGCCUUGCGAUGUUGGAGUUCCUGCGCGUUCCGGAGCACUUUGCGCUGAUGACGGGCCAGGCCACGAGAGGGAAGGUAAUGAAGGGUGGCCAGCGCUUGACGAAGGCGCAUGGCCACAGUUUGAUGGCGCAGUACGUCAACAAGAUCGUGGGCGACGGCAAUCGCGCGUGGUCAGCGCAAGACGCGAAGUCGAGCCAAACCUUGGACAACUCGUUUGUUGCGGACGACUCGGACGACAACGACGCCAAAGACGGCGAGCAACCUGGCAAUGACCCCGACAGCGACGAGUACUGGGCGCAGAACGAUGUUGAGGACCCAGGUCGUACCGAUGCCGACGCUGCUGACGGUAAGGGCAAUGAAUACGGCAUCCCGGGCACUCGUCUUUGUCUUGGCGCCGCGGCCUUCAUUCCACCGUGCUUGCAUCGGGAGUUCAAUGAUACCCCACAGACCAGCGUCUUGCAAAGUUUUGUCCAUUAUGGGUUGCAUCGAGUCUGGUGCUUCUGCAAGCUCCUCGGCAGCUGGGCCAAAGCGGUCGAGACAUUCGUUCAAGAAGAUCUGGUCGCGCACAGAUUGCUCCUCUAG